AUGGCAAGCCUUCUCGAUAAACCUCUGUACUUUUAUUCCAUCCCCGCCGUUUGGUUCUCAGCGUUCUAUCCUGGUUCAUUGAGGUUCAUGAAAAUCAACAACUCAGUCGGGUAUAACAACGUCUCUCCGAGGGCUCAGAACUUGCAAGGGCGAGUCACCGCGAGCAACUCCCAGACGCUAGCCCAGAUGGAAGGAGCACAUCUGAAUGGGAACGAGAACAUGCCCAUCUGGUUCGCAGCCAUCAUAGUCGGGAGUAUCGCGGGCCUGGAUAACCGAUAUCUGAACAUGAUGUCGUUGACAUAUUUCCUGGUUCUGGGUGCUGAUGAGGGGUUGACUCGUUACAGUGUCGCGACCAGACUCGUGUAUAACACAAUUUACAUUCAUUUUAACGGGAUUGGAAAGGGUUGGGUUCGCACCGCUGUGUUCUUCUUUGGACUAUCACAUCCGUUGAGAAUUCUUUUCAAGGCUGCAGGGUCGAUUGCAAACAAGGCAUGA